UAAAGUACACAUACCAAUAUACGCAUAAUAUACGCGCCAAAUGGCGGGUACUAUUUCCAAUAUGGCGGAUAAAGAACUUGUAAAUUUGCCAUGGGUGGAGAAAUAUCGUCCAAAUAACUUAGACGAGUUGAUUUCUCACAAAGAUAUUAUCAAAACAAUUCAAAAGUUUAUCAAAGAAGAAAGAUUACCUCAUCUGUUGUUUUAUGGUCCACCUGGGACAGGCAAGACCUCGACAAUUCUUGCUAUCGCUAAGCAACUUUAUACUAAAAAAGAAUUUGGAUCUAUGGUUUUGGAACUUAAUGCUUCAGAUGACAGAGGAAUCGGCAUUGUCCGUGAAUCCAUACUCAGUUUUGCAAGCACAAGAACAAUCUUUAAGUCUGGAUUUAAGAUGGUGAUUCUUGAUGAAGCAGAUGAAAUGACAUCUGAUGCUCAAAAUGCAUUAAGGAGAGUAAUGGAGAAAUUUACAGAAAACACCAGAUUUUGCCUCAUUUGCAACUACCUCAGCAAGAUAAUUCCAGCAUUACAAUCUCGAUGUACCAGAUUCAGAUUUGGUCCACUCGAUAUGCAACAAAUGAGUUCAAGGCUUGACUUUGUGAUUGAAAAUGAAAGAAUAAAUGUUGUCGAGGAUGGCAAAAAGAGUUUGAUAAGAUUAUCUGAUGGUGAUAUGAGAAAGGCUUUGAAUAUCUUACAGAGUACUUCGAUCGCAUUUGACAUUGUCAAUGAGGAAAAUAUCUACACAUGCACAGGAAAACCUCAAAGAAAUGAUAUAGCCAAAAUUGUAGAUUGGAUGUUGAAUGAAGAUUAUAAAACAUCUUAUCAUAAUAUAAUGGAACUUAAAACAAGGAAAGGACUUGCAUUGGAUGAUAUCCUGGCAGAAGUUCACACCUAUGUACAUAGAGUUGACUUUCCUGCUGUGGUGCGCAUGCAGUUACUCGACAAAAUGGCAAAUGUAGAGCAUCGACUGGCUUCAGGUACUUCAGAAAAGAUACAACUAGGUUCAUUACUUGCAGCAUUUCAAGUGGCACGAGACAUUGUGUCUAAUAGCAUUAACGAAGCCUCAUAAGUUCAAAGGCUAAGUGAUAGCAGAUUAAACUUCCUAAUAUGACUACUAUGAAGUCAAAGCAAUGUUAGAUAAAAAUUGACUGUAAAAAUAGUAUUAAUAUCAUAUUACUGCAACAUAAAUAAAUAUUUAUCUUCCAAAAAA